AUGGAGAGUAAGGAAAAGCCUCGUUCUGUGAAACAAACAGAAAUAGAUGGAGUGAGUCUGUCAUUGUGUGAAAUAUUCGUAAUAUCUAUGCAUAUGUAUAUCGCGUUACGCUUGCGUAAAACGGGACCUUUUCUUGCUUUACAUCUUGAUUUUUUUCGACUCAAAAGAUGAAUGGUUCUAUCAAUGCUUUCAGUAUCGAAGUGUCUAUACUCCAGACGUGUUUAUACGACCGUAGUCUUCAGUCGCCAUAAGUUCCGAUCAGUUUCAACGUUUUCGUGCCAAGUUUCGAUUUAGUUGUUGUACAAUAAAAAAAGCUUUCCGUGAAUUGCAUUUCAAAAGUGCAGCUGCUUCCUGGACAUCCAGUCCGUCCAAACGGACUGCGGCCCUUAAAACAGUUUGGAAUGCACUAGCAAACCAUUUGCUAGAGUGAGAGAGAUUUAAAAAAUGCAAAAUUGGAACCAAUGGCAAUUGUCAGCUGGUGCUGUUGCUACUCCAAUGCCACAACCACCAGUUGGUUAUGCUGUACCAGGAACAGAUCCUACGGCUAUGAUGCAAGCAUACAUGCAGUAUUAUAAUCAACCAGCACCUAGUGGGUAUACAGCUGAACAAUGGGCUGCAGCUCAACAACAAAACUGGGCUCAGUGGCAACAAUGGCAGCAACAAUAUCAGCAAUGGCAAGCACAGUAUGGAGAAAAAUACCAAGAAACAAUGAAACACAUGUCAGCCCAGAACAUGAGCUUAGCUAAUCAGGUGUCACAGUUACCAAUUGUACAACCUCCACCACCUCUUCCAAAAGAGGAUACAAAACCGCCAUUACCUCCUAAUAAUAUGAACACAUAUCAAUUUACAAGCAUGCCUCCUCCACAUCAAAACAAUCUUCCAUUAUUUCCCAUUAAACAAAACGCGAAUACACCAAUGCAACAAACAAAUAUACAAAACUGUCCUCAAAAUCCCCCUUUACCUCCAACUCAGCCACCAUUACCUCCUGAAAAUAACAAUAGUACUAAAGAAAAUAAUAGUUUAAAUGGUAAACGCAGUAAUAGUAUCGGUAGUGAAUCUAAUAGUGCUAAAAAGUUGAAAAUCGAAGAUGAAGAACUAACUGAAGCUGAGAAAACAUUUGACGCUCAGUUUAAACAGUGGGAGGAGCAGUUUAAUAAGUGGAAACAGCAAAAUGCUAAUCAUCCAGACAAGACACAAUACAAACAAUACGAAGCUAAAUGGACAUCCUGGCGAGAGAAACUUAUCGAACGACGUGAACAAAUGCGUAGGAAACGCGAGCAACAAAAGCAAACUGUUGUUAAAGUAGAUGUUGAAAAGAAUAAAGGGUCUGGUGAUGAUAAGAUACUGAACAUUCUAUCCAGUACAGAAAAUCAAGGAUUAAUCAACAAUUUAUUGGGUAUUGGAAAAACUCUUGGCUUAACUGCAAAGCAGAGUAUUAACGUACCUCCACCGCCACCGCCGCCACCAGCAACAGAAACAGUAGCGUCUAACAUUCAAACGGCAACUUCCUCUCAAGUAUCACAGUCGUCGACAACUCAACUACCAGUCAUGAACAUGUCUUCUAAUAUGACUUCGUCACCUUGGAAUUCUCAACAAUGGACAGCACAGUAUAAUGCAGGCAUGAACGUAUCGAAUUUCUCUAACUUCCAAGCUAUGACUGGAGUACCUCCACCUCCAUUCAAUAUGCCACCAACUCAAAUGCCUCCACCAAAUUUUACACAACCGCCGCCGAAUUUUCCAGCUAUACCAAAUUUUUCACAACCACCGCCAGGUUUUGUUAGCAACGAUUCACGACAGAAUCACAACGUACGACCUCCAGUUCCACCCAACAUGCAAGGAAGGCCUCCUUCAUUCGGAAUGAACACUGGUAAAGGUGCAGAUAAUAAUUUGAUACACAACGAACGUCAAAAUCAACCUGGUUCUAUGAACAACUUUGACUCAGUAGGUCAUCAGGGUAAUUUCAGUAUAAAUGAUACUGGGCAUCAAAAGGAAGGCGUGCCAGCAGAACGUUUUGGUCCAGAUAGUAUAAAUGAUCAACAAGGUAAUCAAUUUCGCAAUGAUAUGUUUGGUCAACGAAAUGAAAAUUAUAAAUUAAACGAUGAACGAGUAUCUGAAGCCGAACAAUUUAGAAGAGAAGAUAGGAACUAUCAAGAACACGGAAAUAAUCAGUUCAAUCAACAGAAAAUAAACUUUAACAACGAUAGAUUUGCUUCUGGAAACGAUCGGUUUGGGCCAGGUAACAAUCGGUUUGGUCCAACGAAUGAUAGAUUCGGACCUGGAAACGAUCGGUUUGGGAUGACAAAUGAUCGAUUUGGACCUGGAGAUAACAGAUUCGUUGUUGGAAAUGAUAGAUUUGGACUAGGAGCUGACAGGGUGGGACAAGGAACUGAACCUGUUAAUGAUCGUUUUGGAACAAACAAUAAUCGAUUUGGUCCAAAUAAUGAAUCUUAUGGUCCUGGGGGUGAUAGGUUUAAUAGGAAUAGUAUGGAUCGUUUUGAUCAAAAAGACGUAGUAGAUAAUAGACGUGAUAGUUUUCCAAAUAUUCCAAGGGGUUUCAAUAGGAAUAAUCAAUUUGAACCACCAGAUAAAUUUGCUCCAGAACUAAAGAAGCUUAUGGAAAAAAGGAGAGCAGCGAUGGAUGUAUUCAAACCAAGCUAUUUUGAUUCUGAUAAAAGUAGCAGCGUUGGUUCACUGAGUGAAAGUUUUAAGAAGAUUACAGGUGAUUCUCCAUUCAUGAAAUCUGCUGGAAACCAAAAUUUGGGACCCCGUGGAUCUUCUAACUUUGGACCAGGCGCACCUGGUAAUUUCAGAAUACCUGGAGAUUUUAAGCUUCAUGGAAAUCCUGACUUUGGACCCCGUGCUUUUCUAGGAAUUGUACGCAACAAUUCGUUCGAUUCCCGGGAUUCAUUCAAAGGAUCUAAUUCUACUUCACAACAAAUGCAAGAUCUUAUGCAUACCGAACCUAGAUCGGAAAUGGUGAAUAUCGGAAACGACACGAAUGUGAAGAACGAGAUUAAAAAUGAAUCUACUACUGCAGUAGAACAAGUUGCGGCAAAUAAUUCGAAAUCGACUGAACAAAAUGUCGAUAAUACACAAAAAGACAGUUCUGAGAAUUAUUCAAUACAGAAAGACAUUCCAUUAUUAGAAAAACCACCUUGGGUUAACGCUCAACUUCCUGAAGAUAGCUUAUUACAGAAGGAUAGUAUUAAGGAGGAAGAAAUUCCGUCUACAAACUAUAGCUCUUCAGAACAAGAUCCACAGAAUGCUUUCAAAGAACAAACAGAGGUAAAGCAAGAACUAUCUAAUAAUGAUAGUGAAAAUAACGAGAAAAAACCUGAAGUGUUACCUUUUAUGGGAGAAAAUGAUCUAAAACCUGAAGAUUUAAAUAUGGAGCCACCACCUGAAUUACCCAAUUUAGGUCCUGUUCUUACAGACACUAAUGAACCUACUGAUUCUGUACAAAGAACAGAUGAACCAUAUGAUGGAAAAGAGUCUUCCUUGAAAUCAUUUGUAAGUAACACUGAAUCUUAUGAACCAAGGGGACCUUUUGAUUCUACAUUUGGUCCAAGGGGAAUGCCAUUUAGACCAAGUACACCUUUUUUGAGUCCAAGAGGUCCUAACAAUGUAAGAUUUCCUAUGUUUGAACCACCAUUUAAUUCUUCUGGUCCAAAUCCGUACUCAUUAGGUCCUCGUGGACCCAAUGAUGUACAAUUUGGUCCAAGAGCUUUGAAUGAUGGGCAGUUUGACCCAAGAAGCUCGAGCGAUGGACAGUUUGGUCCAAGAGCUUCGAACAAUGCGCAAUUUGGUCCUCGAGGUCUUGGUGAUGGACAAUAUGGCCCUCGAGGUACUGGUGAUGGGCAAUUUGGUCCAAGAGCUCCUAAUGAUGGGCAGUUCGGUCAACGGGGUCCAAACGAUGCACAAUUUGGCCCAAGGGGACCUAAUGAUGGACAAUUUGGUCCUAGAAGUGUCAAUGAUGGAAUGUUUGGACCAAGAGGUCCUAAUGAUGGACUAUUUGGGACGAGAGGUCCCGUUGAAAAUCAAUUCGGAUUAAGAGCUCCUAAUAAUGUACAGUUUGGACCUAGACCUUCGAAUAUUGGACAAUUUGGCCCCAGAUAUGAUGCUCAGUUAAGUUUAAGCAGACCUAAUGAUGGACAAUUCGGUCCUAGAGGGACAAACGAUGGUCAAUUCGGGCCCCAUGGGCCUAAUAAUAGACCAUUUGAUAAUCGAGGUCCUUGCGAUCAGUUUAUACCCAGAGGACUUAACGAAGGACAGCCAAGAUUUUCAGGACUCAAUGAUAGACUUUUUGGUUCACGGCGCAAUGAUCCACCUUAUCAACGAAGUCCAGGUGGUUCGAAAGGUGCAAACGACGGCCAGUUUCCAAAUAGAUUUAAUGAAAAACAAUUUGAUAAUUCUACUGAUGGAUGCUUUGGUUCACAGAGUUCUAAUGAUGCAUAUUUUGGUCCACGAGGUCCAAUAGGUAGCUCAAAUGACACCUCUUUCUUAUCUCGAGGUCAAUCUGAUAGAUCUUUUGAUAAUCGACAACUUGAUGCCAGAGGAAUUGGAGAACUUAGAUCAAAAGGACUAAUUGAUAAUAAUUCUGGUUCCAAGAUACAAGGUACUUCAGAAAUAAGUGGUGAUGGUGGAGUAUUCGCUAAUAAUGAGCAAAUAUCAAUUGAUGAAACUAUGCAACAGAGGCAAUUCGAUUCGAAUGAUGCGCAAAACUCAGUUUGGAGGCAACCAUACUCUAAAAAUAGCUUCGGAGAUGUAGAUCAAAGAUCUGGAAGAGGCUAUCUUGAUAAAUCCAUGUUGCCUCAGAAUGAAUCAUUUAAUCAGAGUAUAGCGAACGAAAUAGAACGACGAUCUCCUAAGAAUGGAAAUAAAUGUAACGUUCCUGAUAAAAGAUCAGAGAGAAAUAUGAACGAUAUAACGGUGAGUGAUUACAAGACUGGAUAUGCAGAAUCUUCGUUAGGUCCUGAUUAUACAAAAUUCGAUAACUCUAAUAUGUACGUAAAACGACCUAUAGAUAACAGGCAAAGCCAAGUCAGGUGUUCAGCUGUGAAAGAAUUUUGUAUAGAAAAACAAUUUAAUUAUAAUCAUAGUGGGGCUAGCAGCGACAAGAAAUUUAUCGAACAUAUACCUGUUAAAGUAAUAGAUUAUGCCCACACUUCCCGAUCAUCGAAUCAAGAUCACUUAACUCCUGUGCAAUGUUUCGACUAUGGACAUGGCAAUUUAAAACCUCUAGUGCCAGAGCAUGAAGUGUACCCAAAGAAAGAUUUUAGAAAUUGGGAGGAGAACGAACAGAAUUUAAAAGAUUAUACAGAGAAAAUCAGGAGGUACGAAUGUUAUACGAAUAAAACAGAAUCUAGACACCCUCGAGACUACAAACAAAGACGAAAUAGCGAAGAAUUCAUAGACGAUAGAAAACCUGAAAGGGAACGCAGAGAGAAAGAGGAUUAUAAAGCGAAAGAACGUGAUGAUAGGAUAUUUGAUCAUACAUCUGACAAAGAUCAAGAUAACCGCUAUGAUAAGAGCCCCAUUAAAGAAAGACCGCGAGAAAGAUGUGAACCGUCUCAAAAGGAAACGACUAAAGAGAAUGACAAAGAUGAAGACAGAUCGAAAGGAAAUAUAAACUGGCAGGAGAAUUCGAACAAGAACGUCAUAGAUACAAAGCCAUCAGAGACCAGUGUUACAGAUGCUCAGCAUAAUGUGUUGGAAUCUACGCCAAAAACUUUGGAAUUGGCAAAAACACCAAACUGCACAAUGGUGGAUGACUUAUUGUGUCCUCCAGGUCGUCAGAACAGACCACCAAAAAUAGCUAUAAUUUUAAGGGGUCCACCAGGCAGUGGAAAAUCUUUUGUGGCGAAACUUAUUAAGGAUAAGGAAGUUGAACAAGGAGGUUCUGCACCACGAAUAUUAAGUCUUGAUGAUUAUUUCUUGGUAGAGAAAGAGAUAGAAUCCACAGAUGAUAAUGGAAAGAAAGUUACGGUUAAGGAAAUGGUCUAUGAGUACGAGGAAGCAAUGGAGCAAAGUUACAUCACAUCUCUUGUUAAAGCUUUUAAAAAGAAUAUUACCGAUGGUUUCUUUAAUUUCAUUAUAUUGGAUUGUAUCAACGAAAAAAUAUCCGAUUAUGAAGAAAUGUGGAGUUUUGCUAAAACAAAAGGCUUUAAAGUGUAUGUUUGUGAGAUGGAAAUGGAUUUACAAAUUUGUUUAAAAAGAAACAUUCAUAAUCGUACAGAAGAUGAAAUAAAUAGAAUUAUAGAUUAUUUUGAGCCAACUCCAAGUUAUCAUCAAAAAUUGGAUGUUAAUUCUAUGUUACAGGAACAAGCAAUUGAAGAAGUUCAUAUGGAAGACACUGAAGAAACCCAGGAGAAAUCUCCACUACAAAAUGAAGAUAGUCAAGAUAGUCAAGAUGAUACUCAAGAUACUAUUGGGGUUAGCAAGUGGGAACGUAUGGAAGCCGAGGACAAAUUAGAUCGUUUGGAUGGGCUUGCAAAAAAGAAAAAUGAAGGAAAGGUGCAAACUAUGAAAGAUUUCCUUCAAGUUCCUGACUAUUAUAAUAUGGAAGAUACUUCUGGCAAAAAACGUGUACGUUGGGCAGAUUUGGAAGAACGUAAAGAACAAGAAAAAAUGCGCGCUGUAGGAUUUGUAGUCGGUCAUACAAAUUGGGAUCGUAUGAUGGAUCCCACAAAAGGAGGAAGCGCCUUAACACGCACAAAGUUUUUCUCACUAUCAUAAUGACAUAUUUUUAUUCGACUACAGUAGUGUACAGAAGUGAACACGAGAUGUCUUCAAACAUUCAAAUUCUUCAGAUGAUGUAUGGUUCUAAUAUAGCCUUAUAGAAAAUCUAGGCUAGUGUAAAUCUUGUUAAUUUAUGUAAAGCAUGCUGUAAUUAUUGUAUAUAAUAUUAAUGAAAUUGUUUUCACGAUACAUUUCUAUAUUUACUUCAUACAUAAUUAUAAUAAUGUAUAAGAUAUACUGAAAGCUUAAAUAUACGUGAUAAUCGUACACUGCCCGUUCAGGAUUAUGAAGAUAUACUCAUUAUUUGAUUCAAAGAAUAAUUGUAUUGAUAAAGUAAAAAAAGAGAAUAAUAAAUUGUAGAAAAUUGUUUAA